AUUAAGAGAUGAACAAGAAAUUGAAUGGAAUAAAUGUUUCAGCCAGAUGAAGCUAUUUAUGAAAAGCCAAGAUCUUCAUAUAGAUGGAGCUGGAGAGAACCAAAGAGAAUAUUUUGUCAAACGAAGAAAACAAUGAAGGCUAUAAUAAUUACAAGCCCAGGAGGGCCGGAAGUGCUGCAGUUACAAGAAGUGGAGGACCCAGAAAUCAAAGAUGAUGAAGUCCUUAUCAAAGUUGAGGCGGCUGCACUGAAUCAGGGUGAUAUUUAUCAGAGAAAAGGCCUUUAUUCUCCGCCAAAAGGUGCGAGCUUAUACCCUGGUCUUGAAUGCUCUGGCACCAUUGAAUCCGUCGGUAGACAUGUUUCUCGAUGGAAAGUUGGCGAUCAGGUAUGUGCUCUUCUCGCUGGUGGUGGGUAUGCUGAGAAGGUGGCGGUUUCAGCUGGUCAAGUGCUUCCUGUGCCAUCAGGUGUUUCUCUCAAGGAUGCUGCUUGUUUACCUGAGGUUGCUUGCACCGUUUGGUCUACUGUCUUUAUGAAGAGUCACCUUUCUGCUGGAGAAACAUUUCUGGUUCAUGGGGGCUCUAGUGGAAUUGGUACAUUUGCAAUUCAAAUGGCUAAAUACCAGGGAGCUAGAGUAAUCAUCACAGCAGGGAGCGAGGAGAAAUUAGCUGCCUGCAAGAAUCUUGGAGCUGAUGUGUGUAUCAAUUAUAAGACAGAGGACUUUGUUGCACGAGUAAAGCAAGAAACUGAAGGGAGAGGUGUUGAUGUAAUUCUGGAUUCUGUUGGAGGACCCUACCUGCAGAAAAACUUUGACAGCUUAAAUGUUGAUGGGAGGCUUUUUAUUAUUGGAGCCCUCAGUGGAAUGGCUGCAGAAAUAAACCUCAGUUCUUUGUUGGCAAGACGCCUGACAAUACAAGCGUCUACAUUGCGAGGCAGAAAUCCAGAAGACAAGGAGAUAAUUGUUAGGGAGGUGGAAAAGAAUGUUUGGCCUGGAAUUAUGGAAGGUAAGGUGAAGCCUGUGGUGUACAAGUACUUUCCAUUAUCCAAAGCAGCUGAGGCUCAUAGGCUUAUGGAAAGCAGCAAGCAUAUUGGGAAGAUUCUGCUUCUCCCAUGAUUCUGCAGGUCUUGAAGUUACAGUUCCAUUGAAUGACAAGGUUUUAGACCUCUUACAAGCUUUUGCAAUUGGGGACAAUGCUCAAUUGCAUCUAUGGUUUGGAAAUGCAGUUUUUCUGUUAUUAUCUUAUCAUUUGAGAAUAAGUGACUGAUGAAGCGUUUUCAUUUUGCUUACUUACAAUCAAUAUAAUGCUGAAGUGAUUCAUCUGAAUCAUGAAUAA